ACAUGGGCGAGCUAACAUCUCGAUCGUUCAGUUGCGCCCGCGCAUCCAAACCGGUGUUUUCGUUCUAAAUAUACACGCCGCGUAUUUACACUCGUGACACAUAGUGACCUGUGAAUAAAAUAAAGUGAUAGUAAAAAGUGAAAUUUUUAUUAACAGAUAAAAAAUGGAGCCGCUAGUAGUCGAUGUAGUUCAUUUCUAUCCGAAAGAGAACGCUCAACCACAUAACACGAGCAAAUAUGAAGUAGUGAAUGACGAAACCCCCACAACGACAAUAGUCCGCCGCGGACAACCCUUCAACGGCGUGGUACGGUUCAACAGACCAUACCAAGAGGAAGUAGAUUUGGUACAACUCGUGUUCACACUUGGGGACAAACCUCAAAUGGAUACUCAAGGAUCGGUGUUCCUUCGUCGUGAUGCUGUAUCAGACAAGCAUUCGUGGAGUGCCAAACUUACUAACGUUCAAGAAGAUACUCUGUCCUUCGAGGUGUCAACCCCAGUGCAUCUUCCCGUAGGCUCCUGGGUACUCCGAGUCGUUACCAGGUUGAAGAACUCUCCCGCACGCCAGAUAUACGACUUUGAUCAGGACCUGUACAUUCUAUUCAAUCCUUGGAAUCCCGAUGACCAAACCUACAUGGAGGACUGCAGUCUUCUCCAGGAAUAUGUCUUGAACGACGUUGGCAAAGUAUGGGUGGGACCCAUCAAAACAACCAGGGGCAAGCCGUGGGUGUACGGACAAUUCGACGCGGUUGUACUGCCGGCUUGCAUGUUCAUGUUGGACAGAGCUGAAAUGCCGUUCCACCAGCGUGGGGACCCUGUCAAAUUGACUCGUGUUAUCUCCCGCAUUGUGAACUCCAAUGACGACGCUGGCGUUUUGGUCGGCCGAUGGGACGGGCAGUACGAAGAUGGCACAGCGCCGUCGGAGUGGACCAGUUCUGUUGAUAUACUGCAGCAGUACUUGGAGACGCAGCAAGAAGUGCCGUACGGCCAGUGUUGGGUGUUCGCUGGUGUAGUGACUACAGUUUGCCGCGCUCUCGGCAUCCCAUCGCGCGUGGUCUCCAACCUCGUAUCAGCGCACGAUGCCAAUAGUUCCCUGACAGUUGACAAAUACUACACGGAGAACAUGGAAGAGAUGGACUUCGACCCUAACAAUCCUCAAGGCGCUGACUCCAUCUGGAACUACCAUGUGUGGAACGAUGUCUGGAUGGCCAGGCCUGAUCUUCCGCAAGGUUAUGGUGGCUGGCAAGCAAUUGAUGCAACCCCUCAAGAGACGUCGUCAGGUCUAUACCAGUGUGGCCCGGCUUCCUUGGAAGCUAUUAAGCAAGGAGUCAUCGGUGUGGCCCACGAUGUGGAAUUCAUGCUGGCGUCCGUCAACGCUGAUCUGAUGCGGUGGAGAAUUGAUUCCGACACCGAAUCUGGCUUCUCAGUGGUUGACACUAAUAAUUAUCACAUCGGCAGAAUGAUUUUGACGAAAAAACCAUUCGUCUUUGAUCCCAUUGGUGAUGAGGACCGGGAGAACAUAAUCGACCAGUACAAGUAUAGAGAAGGCACCGCCUCUGAACGGCUGGCACUUAUGAACGGUGUGCGGUACUCGGAGAGGGCUAAGAGAUACUACUCCGUAGCCAGCAACCUGUCAAGUGACGUGUCAUUCAAACUACGGGAGCUGGACAGUGUACCAAUCGGGAAAGACUUUAGAGUCACUGUCGAUAUUGAAAAUAAAUCGGAUCAGGGUCGCAAUGUAAAGGCAUCUCUAUCAGCCACCAGUGUGUUCUACAACGGCGUGCGAGCCGAUGUGGUUAAGAAAGUUGAGGGAAAGAUCUUCGUCGCACCUAAUAAGAGUGAACAAAUAAGCAUAUUGGUGACGGCAAGUGACUACCUGCCGAAGCUGGUGGAGUACUGCAACAUGAAGAUAUCAGCGAUGGUGAUCGUGGAAGAGACCAAGCAGUCAUGGGCUGAUGACGAUGACUUCCAAAUUCUAAAGCCCAACAUUAACAUCAAGUUUAACGAAGAUCUGGUACUCGGCCAGCCAACCACAGCGAUACUGUCCUUCACAAACCCAUUAGAAGAGGCCCUGACCGGCUGCGAGUUCAGGGUGACCUCCACUGGUAUUGUGGGCCGUACACUCCGCCUACCCGCCGCUGAUGUAGCUCCCCAUGGUCUGUUAACUGCUGAACUACCAGUACAGCCCAACAAACUUGGCAAAAUAAACAUCGUGGCCACAUUCAAAUCGGUUCAACUGAAGGACAUUAAUGGUGCUGCUAGCGUAGACGUGUUUGAAGGAUAAACGACUUUAUAUUCUGAUGUAAUAAGGUUCGAAACAAAAUGAAAAUCUAUAAGGAAUGUUAUGAUUAUAAUGAAACAAGCAUUGUAGCCAUUUCGGACAUUUGAGGUGAUAUAUUAACUCUUUAUUAAGUAUUCAUUAAAUACUGCCAUGAAUAGAAACAAAGCACAUUUUGUACCAAUUCAUCUUCUCCAAGGAUGCAUUUUGCCCUCUACUUUUAUAUAAUUAAUUUACUAUGAAUUAUAUUUUCUGCGAUAAAAAAAGAAAAAUAAUGAAGCCAUUUAUUUUUUGAGGUUAAUAUUAAAUUUCAUAUUAUAAAUAUUAUUUUUGCUUGUAUAAAUAUCACUAAAAACUAUUUCCAAAAAUCGCACAUUAUUAAAUUUAAAAAUUGUUUUUGCGAUAUGUAUUUUUGUAGAAAAGAGAUAAGAAUAGUCCAGUGAAACUGGAAAAGAAGGUCAUUUAAUAUUUAUUUACUUACGUUUAAAGAUAAUACAUUAUAUAAUAAAUACGUAAAAUAAAUCUUUCAAUGAAAAUAACAUAAGUGUAGAAGUGCAUUUAUUUUGCACCUCUCACAAUAAAAAGGAAAGUAUUUUUUUAGAAGUUAUUUUGCGUAAUUAAGGAGAUAGUUUUAAAUUGCGUGCUCAAUAUGUGCCAUAGACAAAAAUUAACCUAAUUAUUUUUUAUUAUCGCACACUAUUGUGGCGAUCUUAUUUAAAAAAAAACUCACCACAGAUAUAUAAUUUUUAAAUGCACUACACUGCUCGCUUUAUGAUUUAAAAAAAAAGCACUAUAGAUAAUAGUUAUAAGCAUAUUAUUAUUGUAUUUUUAUAAAUAUGACAUGUGUAGAUGAGGCAACAUUAAUAUUUGUCUAAUUCUAUGGACAAUUCUCGACAUACUUUUUUUAUCUGUCAAAAUUUAUAGAAAGCACGGUAGUCCGCGGUAACUACCAUCAGAUCCCAUCCUGAUAUAAUGUGAAAUUUAGUCCUUCACGAACACAAGUUAUUAUUAUUAUUGAAAGACGGGCUUCAUCUGACAGAAAAAUCGGUGACACUGCGACCUUUGCAUGAUCUUCUGAACAAAAGUUCCUCAUCUAUGCAAGUCCAUAGAUCUCUAUUGUAGAUAAAAUUCUCAUUAUAUAUUUUUUUUUAUUUUGUAUACUCUCUAUAAUAUAGGCCAUAUAAGCUUACGGUAGCUGUAACUUAAGAUUAGUUUAAGUUCCAUUACAAAUGGAGAUUUUAUUGAAGAAAAUAAUAAAUUGUACGUGUUGAUUAUAAAGUAAUAUUUUUAAUAUUUACAUUUUAUAUAAUAAACUGUUUUUUUAUUA